AUGUCGACUGUCGUUCCCGAGAUCCUGUGGGCCCAGCGCUCUUCCGCUGACGAGCCCGAGAAGAACGUGGUGAUGCUCACCAUCAACGUGCCCAACCUCCCCGCGCCACCCGCGACCAAGUUCGAGCUCACCUCGAGUGGAUUCAGCUUCCACGCCAAGACCGGCGACGAGUCCAAGGGCAUCCCCAACAAGGAGUACGACUUCAAGCUCGACUUCUUUGACGACAUCGACGUCGACGCCUCCAAGACCUCGCUCACCUCCAAGAGCCUCUACGCCGUGCUGCGAAAGAAGACCGCACAGGAGGAGUACUGGCCCCGCCUCACCAAGGACAAGGUGCGCCUGCACAACGUCAAGACCGACUUCGACAAGUGGGUCGAUGAGGACGAGCAGGACGAGGAGGCGGCUGACGCUGGCGCCGGCAUGCCGGAUAUGGGCGGUGCCGGCGGCAUGGAUCCUUCUUUGAUGGGCAUGGGAGGUGCUGGGGGUCAAGGCUUUGAUCUUCAGUCGAUGAUGGCUCAGAUGGGCCAGAUGGGCGGUAUGAGUGGCGGCAUGCCAGACUUCUCUGGUGAGGACGACGACGACGACGAGGCAGACGAUGUUGUCGACUCGCCAGCGGUGCAAGAGGCAAAGUAA